AUGUGUUUGCUUCGAUCAGCCCUGGCAGCUCGAAACAGUACGAGUUCAGCAUCCCAGACUACCACAUGGGUGGCACGCAUUGGUACCACCCGCACCUCCACCACGCCACCUCUCUUCAGGCUUGUGGUGGCGCAGCUGGUGUGUUCACUGUGGACGACCCCGCGGGCUACUUGCCAGAGGUGUACAGCCACAUGGUCGAGAAAAUAUUGCUCAUCACCGGCCGGCCAUAACUUGGUCACGCUGCAGGAUCUCGCCAUAGACUCGCAGUCCACCGUCCUGGAAACGGCGGCGACCGACGCGGCGGCUACUGGUCUCGACACGAAUGUCUUCCUCGUGAACGGCUAG